ACUGAGCAUAUCCAUAGCAACUCUGAACCGAAGAGUCUCAUUGAUGAUCAAGAGCGCAAACAAGCGAGCUACCAAGAUGGCUUCUUGCGAUAUUGAGAGCAAUUUCACAAAAAAUAAAACGACUUCUAAAAGAAGCUUACAAGGCAUUAAGCCUUGCCACGUUUUAGGUGUGAGCAAAGGCGUAAGAAACAACCUGCUGUUUCAGGAUGAGGAAACUCUGAUUUUUCCAGGUGGAAACCAUUGUGUCAGUUACAACAUCCCUCAGCAACACCAAGAGUUUCUUUACAGUGCAGCGAAAAGCAAGAGCUUGCGGGCCCUGGCUUUUAGCCCUGAUCGGCGCUACCUGGCCGUGUCGGAGUGUGGUAAAUGGGCCUCCAUUACCAUCCUUGACCUGAAGGACAAGAAACACUCCAAGAAAAAAGUUCUGAAGGGCAGCGACUAUGGCGUGCAGGAGUUUGUCUGCAUGGCAUUUUCGGCUGACUCGGAGUACCUGCUAGGCCAGGCUGGGGGACCCUCGUGGACCCUCUACUGCUGGCAGUGGAAGAAAAAGGAGCUCAUCGCAUCUGUGCAGAUCAAGACACCAGGCGAUAUCAUUCAGGUCAGCUUUAACCCCCAGGAUAUGAAACAGGUUUGCGUCACCGGAAAGGGAGUUUUCAGGAUCUAUGAAUUCAGGAGGGGCGCCCUGAAAAUGGCGGACUCAUAUAAGGUGGAGAAGAUGAACAUCCUGUGCCACACGUGGAUGUCUAGCGACUCCAUUAUUGCAGGAACUGAGGCAGGGCAACUGCUAAUUUUGAAAUCCAAACGCCUGCAAAGGAUGGGGAAAGCAUGUGAGAGACAAACGGAUUCAUCUUCAUCUCCGACAGCUAUACCACAGACAGCUAUCACUGCCAUCUUGCCCUACUCUGACGGCUUCAUCUGUUCAGAUGGGCUGGGAGUAGUUAGCCUGUAUGAGAAGAUCCCGGAUAAAGACAACUACAGGAAGACAGUGACAUUAAGAAUUCCUGUGGACCCAUGCAGCAACAAGCCACUUCAGGCGAUUACCUCGAUGUGCAUUAGUCCAUCAGAGGAGGCGCUGGCCAUUAGCACAGACCAAGGCCAGCUCUACCACAUCAGCCUCAAUUCAGAGGAGCUUAUUAAGAAUAAGAAGACCCAGUUCAUGCACCUGUCUCAGUCUUUUCACUCGGGGAGCAUCACAGGUCUGUCCGUAUGUGCGACGAAACCCCUCAUGGCCACCUGCUCCAAUGACCGCACCGUACACAUCUGGAACUACCAUAAAAAGUCUCUGGUGCAGUUCAAGCAGUUUGAGGAAGAGCCGCUCAGCGUCUCGAUUCACCCGAACGGCCUUUUCGUCCUGGUGGGCUUCUCCACAGAAGUCCACCUCAUGAAAAUUUAUUAUGACGACCUGCACACUGCCCAGACGUUCCCCAUAAGCAACUGCACCGAGUGUGUGUUCAACCACAAUGGUAACAAGUUCGCCGCCAUCAUUGGAAAAAUGAUCCACGUUUAUGACAUCAGAACACAGAAAAAACUGGACCUGAGCGGUCAUCAUCAGCAAGUGCAGUCUUUGAAGUGGAGCGACGAUGACCGUCGCUUGGUGUCAUGUGGGAUGGACGGCACUGUAUUUGUGUGGGACGUUCUGACCGGCAAUGCGGUGAUUAGGAACGAGACAGCGUCUUGCUUCGCAGAUGUGGCAUUCUCGCCUAACACCGGGAGCGUCCUCGCCGUAGGCCGCAGCCAUCUUCAGGAGAUCAGUGAUGAAGGGGUCCUAUAUGAAAUGGCCUCAGAUGGUGGGGAAUACACGGCUGUCUCCAUGACUCGUUCGGGCAGAACAGUCUUCAUUGGCACCUCAGCUGGUACUGUCAGGGUCAUCGAUUACCCUUUUGAUAAAGAGAAGACCUGGAAAGAAUAUCAGGCCCAUUCUGGUCCCAUCACCAAAAUGGUCGUCACACCUGGUGAUCAGUACCUGCUGACUGCCUCUAAGGACGGCUGCCUUUUCGUCUGGUCGAUUAUUGACCAGAAUGGACAGACCAUUGAGAAGGUCAAAGAAUUAGACUACACUGGCGUGGUCUUAUGUGAAAAGGAAUUCCUGGAUAAACAGGAUGAGAUGAUAAAUAAGCUCACGUUACAUCUUGAGCGGCUGGAGGUGGAGCAGGAGAUCGCAAUGACCAUGAUGGAAAUAGACUUCAGUGAGAAAAUGCACACAGUUUUGCUGCCUUUCCAGGAGAAGAUCACAUCUCUGAAAGAGAAAAUCCAGAAACUGGGUGCUGUGAAGGACGCUGAAAAGAUCUCUUACAUGAAGGAGCUGACCAAGCUGAAGGAGAAUUUUGUCAAGGAGAUGAACGACCAAAUGAUGAACAUGGACCCGGCCAUCCACGUGAUGUAA